GUGAUUAUAGACACGAUGGCUGCGGACGGUACCCUGAUGCUGUCUCUGGUGGAGGAAUUUGUCUCGGGACUGCAGGACAGCAAGGCCAAAGAAGCAGCAACAUGUGUCAAAGAUGGACAGUUUACAAUACUGCAGCUGGUGGAAGCACUGGGACUGAGCCUCACCAGCUCUCAGCCUCACACCCGGGCCAGAGGAGUCCAGCUUCUGUCUGAAGUUUUACAUGAUUGCUAUGGCGGCCUCACAGAAAGAGAAGUGGAAGUCCUCAUUGCCUUCUAUGAAAACCGUCUCAAGGACCAUUAUGUCAUCACACCGCCUGUUUUACAGGGACUCAGAGCGCUGACAAAAUGUACAGUGUUGCCUCCUGGCUCAGCUGUGUCCAUGCUGAGGUCUUUGUUCCAGGAUGUUCAUGCUCAGUCUUUGAUGCUGGCCGAGAGAGCGUGCGUCUACAACAUGCUCAUCAACCUCAUGGCGACCAGAGAAGCCGAACUGAAGGGUUUGGGGGCAGACUUUGUGUUUGGUUUUGUCCAAUCAAUGGACGGUGAGAGAGACCCUCGCAACCUCCUGUUGGCCUUCCAGAUUGCCAAGAGCAUCAUCCUCCGAGGUUAUGAUCUAGGUAAAUUCACAGAGGAGCUGUUUGAAGUGACGUCCUGCUAUUUCCCCAUCGACUUCAGCCCCCCUCCCAAUGACCCCCACGGCAUCACCAGAGAGGAUCUCAUCCAGAUGCUGAGGGACGUCCUCACUGGGACGCCCCGGUUUGCUGAGUUUCUGUUACCGCUCAUCAUUGAGAAACUGGACUCAGACGUUCAGAGUGCGAAGCUGGACUCGCUGCAGACUCUGACUGCUGGUGUGUCACAAUAUGAACAUAAGGACUUGGCGGAAUUCCUUGAGGGACUAUGGGCGUCACUGCGGAGAGAGGUGUUUCAGACAUCGAGCGAGAAGAUUGAGUCUGCCGGCCUCGCUGCUCUUACCGCACUCACUUCCUGUCUAUCUCGCUCAGUCCUCAACUCUGACUCUGAGGACUCCCUCAGCACCUUCCUGGAUCUCGUUCUCAAAGACUGCAAACAUCACCUGUGUGAGCCGGACCUGAAGCUCGUGUGGCCCAGCGCCAAGCUGCUACAGGCCGCCUGCAGCGCCUCCAACAGGGCGAGCCACAUCAUAACAGACGCCGUCAUGCCCUCUCUCAUUGAGCAGUACAACAGCAGAGCACAGUGCUCCCACAGACGAACUUUGCUGGAGGUGGUGCAACGAUUUAUUCAGUCGGUAAAAACCUGCGAGAACGAAGAGAGUGUGUUUUUAGCCUUCCGCCCGUCUCUGUGCACCAUGGUGUUUUCAGCUCUGGCAGAGACUAAUUCCAGCCUUCAGAUCACAGCCACCUCUGUGCUCACCUCACUAGCGCAACAAACAGGUCUGCUGUUGGACUCUGAUAUCGAGCUGGCUGUAGAUCACCUGACCAGACUGUUACUGACGGAGGAGGACGACAGAGUCAGUCUUGCUGUGGUGGAGUGUGCCGGAGCCUUAGCUGAGUUGCACCCUGCAGCUUUUAUCACUAAACUGAUCCCCAGACUAAAGAAGGAGAUAUUUUCUGAGCCCAUGGAUCAAGACGACAACAGAGUAGCUUCUGAGAAGAAGUCCCAUCAUGCAGUGCGCCAGCGGUGUUUGUCUGCUCUGGCUGCGGUGGCGAUCCAGCCCAGUGUUGUCCAGGAGAGCACUCCUGUCCUCUUGGAUGUCCUCAGCUCAGCACACACAGGUGGUGUUGUUUUCUCCGUGGAGGAGGUGGUGCUGGCGUGUCACAGUCUCCAGAGAAUAGCAGAGCGGGUUCAGGACACCGAGGAGACGGGACGAUGCUUCCAUGAUGUCGUCAUCCCCCGUCUGUUGUCUCUGGCACUCCAGGCAGCACUGCAGGGCGAAGGUUCACCUGGUCGUCGUAGUCCUCUGGUGGAGGAGGUGGUCCUCUCUGCCAUGGUCCCUGUCAUCAGUACUUCCUGCUCAAGGCUGCAGCCAACGCUGGCGGGACAGACGGCGUCGAGGGCUGUGUCUCUCUUCCUGGAUGGCGAUGUUUCCUUUUUGCCCGACAACUCGUUCCCUUCAAACAUCCAGCUGCUCAAGAAGCAGCAGGGGGACUCAUGGAGCCAGUCUCAGAUGGUUUGUCUGCUCAUGGGAUGUGUGUGUUCGUUGCCCCGCAGUGUGGAGGUGCCUCGGAUGGAUCACCUGAUGACAGAGCUGGAGGAGAUGAGCUGCACCUGCAGCCACCCGCUGUCAUACACCUCGGCUGCAAAGUGCUUUGCUGGCCUGGUCAAUAAGAGACCACAGGGCGAUUCUCUCGACAGCCUAAUUCAGAGGACCAUGAAGAGAGUGUGUAGUGAGCUGGACUCUGCGUCUUCACCUGUACGCACUCAGGCCUUCACCCUCAUGAUCUGGGUUGCCAAGGCGCUGCUUCUCCGAUACCACCCUCUGUUCACAACACUGACGGACAAGCUCUUUUCUCUACUCGAUGACGCUGAUCUGGGGCCAGCGGCAGCUGACGCUUUCUGGCUGCUGAUGAGUGACUCUGCCGACAUCCUGAACCGCAGUUGCCAUGCCGAUGUCCGCAUCAUGUACCGCCAGCGCUUCUUCAGUGAGAAUUCUGCCAAAUUGGUCCAGGGCUUCAACGCUGCCCCGAAAGAGAAGAAGCCCAACUACCUGAAGGCUCUGUCUAACAUUGUCAAUAAACUGCCCAAGCAGGUUCAAGUCACUGAACUACCAGCGCUGCUGUCUCUGCUGUUGGAGGCCCUAUCAUGUCCUGACCAGGGCGUCCAGUUGUCCACUCUGUCCUGUCUGCAGCCCGUCCUCAUCGACCCACCGCCAGCACUCAUCCAGCAGCUUGAGGCUUUGGUCAGCAGGCUGUUGGCCCUCAUCUCCAGUCCAGCCAUGAGCGUAAGGAUCACUUCAUUGCGGUGCAUCCAUGCCAUUUCUCGCUUCCCCGAGCAUGAGGUGUUGCCCUUUCGGGCCCGAGUGCUGCGAGCUCUGGCCCGUCCUCUGGACGACAGGAAGAGGCUGGUGAGGAGAGAGGCGGUUCAGGCAAGAGCAGAGUGGUUCCUGUUAGGAAGUCCUGGAGGAAGUUGAUUCUGCUCCUCAAACACAACCCAAGUUUCCCUAACCUGGAAGAAUACAGAUGUAGGAAAGUCCAUCUCCUGGACCAGGUACCAAGGAUCAAAGCUGCACAAUCCACACAACAGCUCUCUGACCAUGGUUCCCUCCCCUCCCUUUUCUUUGGAUCUUCCAGCAUCCCUUUAUCCUCCCUACUCGUCUUUACAACCAGAAUCCCUCCACCUUCUCUCCUUUUUACUGUUUUUGUUGUAACUGUCUCUAUCUUCAUGAACGCACAAAUAAGAGUAUGUGGACUGACUGGGAGCAUUGUCUAAGUGAAAAGAAUGUUUAUUAUGCUGAACAUCUCAUGUACCUUUUUGUCUUUCUAACUACGUAUUUGGAGAAAAUAUAACUUCAGACUGCAUAAAAGCAUUUGUCAUUCAUAAUUGUAAAAAUGUGACUCAAAGUGCAUUUUAAAUCACCCAAAGUUUUAUCUUAUAAGAUUCCUACUCUGUCAGAUAAGCAGUUAAAAUACUAUUAUCUGCUGCUUUUCUACAAAUACCAAACAAAUUGAUCAAGAAAUUGAUGAUUCUUAUUGAAAAUCUGAUCAAACAUGUUUGGAUAUAGUAAGAAAGUGAAGUUGAAUUUCAAAAUAGCUCUUGUUAAAUGGUUUGAAUGUGUGAAAUCCCAUACGAAAAGAGAAAACAAAAACUGUACAUACAUUGAAUGAUGAUGUGAUGAACUGUUGGGGCAACAUUUACUUUCAGUCUUAUUUUUUUUUUAUCUUCAUGACCAUUUUGACUGCUGGAAACAUCAAAGAACUCCACUUCACUGCAUAUAAAGAUGUGGACUUAACAGCCAGAUGAGAGCAGCACUGAACCCAGCAGGCACUGAUGGCCUUUAAUCUUCUCAUCUGGAUGAAUGUGUAAUUGAGCAGUAAUGUCUAAUAAUAACAGCUGGGGUGUUUGAUUCAUGUCACUCUGGUGUGCCAGCUGGGUGGGGGGGUGAAGACCAGGUAGAAUGUGGAUGUGCCAAUUGUCUGCUGAAUCACAGGGUGGCAUGUAUCAAACCUCCACUGAGAUCAUUUUAAGAUUAAUUUUACAAUAAUAAAUACCUAUGUUGAGGUUAAUGUACGUUGAAUUAAGAGUAAGUUAUGUGAACAAUAUGACGAACGUCUGCAUUAUAUUCUGUCAAUAGCUGAAAUAAUAUUGAUGCAAUAUCGUAGUUAUUGUCGAGUCAUUGCAUUAAGGUCGGCUGACCUUGGACCUCACAUCACCUUAUGCCAAGGAAAUACAGUAUUUAAAAUGUCAU